CCUUUGUGCGCCUUAGGAAAGGGUUAAGGGAGAGGCAGUGAGCAGGUGAGGGGGGAAAGGAAGGGGCCUGUUAGGAAUGGUGGGAGUUGGAGUCCAAAACACCUGGAGGGCCUAAGUUUGCCCAGGCCUGAUAUCUAAGUUCCUCCAAUCCAUCGGGCAGGAAUGGUCCCAAAGCGAAAGCGAAAGCUGUGACGGAAAAGGAGAGCCGAGGAAUUGCCUCAUCCGCGAAGCCUAGGCCCGAAGCGAUGAGCCUGGAGCGCUUUUACACGGAGCGGGUCUUCCUGGCGGGGGACGAGGCCUGGCGGACGGGGCGGGCUUUUCUCCUGGCCAAAAGCGCCCUGGGGAAGGUGUCCCAGUGGGCCUACGAAGCCAGCACGGGGCUCUUCCCCGGGGAGCCCGUCCCGGUCGGCAGCUACGGCGAAGGGCUGCACCUUCAAGCGGCAGGGAGUUCCGCAGGUUUCGACUUCCUCCUCCCGGUGAGAUACAACCCGCAGCUGGCGCCGGUGAGCGGAGGGCUGGCCGAGGCGCCUCCGCGGUGCAAGCAGGCGCUGCCCACCUACAUCUUCCGCGAGGAGGGGCUGCCCCUCCAUCGCUGGGGCUCCCAAGCCCUGCUGGAUCUGGAGGCGCUGGCCGAGAUCUACGUGGAGAUCCACUGCCAUCGGCAGGAGGCGCGCCGGGAGGACGAAGACGACGAGACGGACUUGGACAAGUUGGAGGAACUAGAAGAGAGCCUAAGUCACCACAACCUAGAACCUAAACAAAUCUUGAAGGAUUUGCACCGUUGUGUUCAAACUGCCUUGGAUCCAGCAUAUACCCAUCCUCGGCAAAAUGACCCAGUGUUCCAGCGAAGACUCUUCCCUUCCCGAGUUCCCAAGAUAGACCAUCACAUAAGAGGAGGUUUCAGACUGGAGGCCUUGGAUCUGGAUGGUCCAGCCAUCCAACUGACCUUCAAUGAUGGCUGUGACAAUGUCCCAGUGAGGUUGGUGCCUGCCGUCCUGGGGGCCUUCAAGCUCUCCAACCAGUGGUUACGGGAGGACCUCGCCCACCUUUCCGACUGGUGGGACGGAGACCUGACCAAUGAAAGGGCCAACUUCCUCCGGAAAGCCAGAGUGGUCCGAGAAGUUGGGCCGGAGCUGGUCUCCAAAGGAGGAUUUUGGAGGCUCUGUUUUAGCCGAGCGGAAACUCAGCUUCUCGAAGAUAUUGAUGCAGAUGGGGGACACAGAGGGGCAGCUCUGCGGGUGCUGAAGUUUAUCAACAUGACAAGAUGGACACCAGAAUAUGGCAGCAUCCUGACUUCCUACCACCUCAAGACCAUUCUGUUGUGGUGCUGUGAAAUCUAUCCUCAGACGUCACAAUGGGAGACUCUCCUGUCCUCAAUCCAGACCCUCCUAAGGCUCCUAAUCCACACCCUCAACAAGGGGAACCUCCCUCACUACUUCUUGGUAUCUGUCAACCUCUUCAGCAGGUGCUACAAAUCCGGCAAUGCCAUCUACAGGCCUUUAGGCUUGGAGGCCCUCUGCUGUGAGGCCGAAGUGAUGCUGACCAAUACCAUGCAAUACCUGAUGCCCGAUUCUGAGCCACAACAUGAUGGUGCCUAUGAAGAAAUGAUGGCAGCCCUUCGGAUGUUCAAGGAAGAACAUAAGGAAGAUCUGAAGGAACUGAAAAGAAUGGAGGAUGGACAUAUGUAUGAGAGUGUGGAAAUGUCCGAGGCAGGAGAAGCUUAGGAGAAGAGCAUCAGGUUGAGAGCAUUCUUGUUCCCCAAGAGUACUCCUCUCACUUUAUUUUUCUCAAUUUUCCAUGAAAAGAUUAUUCCAGUCCUUACAAGGCAGAGGGACUAAAGCUUUAAAUCCUAUGGACCAAAUUUGACCAAAAUAGAGAAGGGCCUCAAGUAGGCAGAUCACCCCUGAAUAGCUCCUUCUUGUUUCCUGCUGCUGUCAGGUUCAUAUGUGAAGCUCUGUAUGAGAGCCAAUAUGAUAUGAUGGCUAUAGCAGGCUUCUUCAAUGUGCCCCCUCCCCAGUUUUAAAACUCCCAUCAUCCCCACCCAGACAUGGGACACCUGGACUUGGGUCUCCACUCAGCCAAAAAGCUCACAGAGAUUUUUCCCAAUCGCUGUUCUUCAACAUAACAUAUAUGAACUGGAGUUUCAUAAGAAAUAGAAAGAGACUAUGUAUUCUAUCUUUUAGCCUCUUGAAGGAAAGAUGGAAUAAAGUUGUAAACACAUGAAAUUAAAUAGUCUAUUUCUCAACCUUAAAAAACAGUAUUUUAAUGCACCUAAUCUGAAUGAUUUACACAUCAUUUCCUGUGACAUAACAAGUAUUCUGAUUGAGCAACUGAAGGCUUCAGCUUGCAGCAAAAAUGGGCAGCCUGCUGUUCUGUUCAAUGACACAAUACACAUUAUUGGAAGAAGUGACUCUUUUUGGAUUACAGCUCCCAGAAUUCCUCCUCCCACAACAAUACAGCCUAGAUAACCUCUCCAAGCCUCUACAAUAAUUGUAAACCUGUGCAGUUUGUUCCUAAACAAGCAUGCUGAGGAAUACAGUUUCAGAGGCAUUUUUCUCCUUAGUGGAACUGACCAGAGGCAAGUCAACAAUGGAGCUGCUUGUUUAUCCCCAGAGAUAGCUGGCAAGGUGACCUGCUAUACACAGGUACUUUUUAUCCAUACUCAAGAUUUGUAAAAAAUAUAUAUAUACAAUUAUCCACAAAGAAGAGAAAAAAGGAGUACUAGGUGAAGACAAGGGAAAAGGCCCGAUAACCGAAGUUAGUAAAGACAUCAAUGCAGUGGCUGCUUCCGGCAGCGGUCAGGACCUGGGGAUGGAGAGAGCAAGAAAUUUUUCAAUGGGUUGAAGACUCCUGAAGCCCCUUCCACUGCCCCAGGGCCAUCCCUCUUCUUUCAAAUCUUCGACAUCUCUCACUUCCAAUUCCAAAUUCACAUUUUUCAGAAUGAUUGUUCAAAAUUGCAUUGAACACCACCAAGAAGAUUCAAAAUUCACAGAAGCCUCCUUCUUUUUAGAGGACACUAUGGCUGCAAUCCUGUAUGAGUCACUGGCACCGUUGUUCCACAUGCAAACCUAUGCACCCUGAACCAUUUACCACACCUCUGGAUGCUUUGUAUGGACCCUGAAAUUACCAUUCCAUCCAAAGAGGAGGAGUAAGGAAAACUGGAGAGGUGCCUGAUUAUGCCUCUGUAGCUAGACAAGAAAUGACUGCAACAAACUGAAACUGGUGUACUCAGUAGACCUCAGCAGUGAUGUGAUCAUCUCUCUUCUGGCUACGGGAACACAGCCAGACAUCUCAAACCCUGCCUAAUCUGCAUAAGCCAUAGAAUAGCCCUGCAAGACAGGGCUUCAAUGUUCUACAGCAAGUCUAAGAAAGAUGCUUUGGAUACUAUGGAGGGAGGGAAUACUAACCUCUGCAAAACCAACAAAAUGUCAUGCAUGUAUGUGCGUAUGCCACUAACAGGAUGUAGUACGACUUUUUUACAUACAAUUUCCAAUUUAUAAGGUACCUUGUGCUCUGGCGAUUGUUCAUUGAUGGAAAGAGAGUGGACGCAAUGCAGCAUGCAAGGGAUUUGGGCCUUCACUUCCCCGCUGAUCUGUAAAUGGUUGAUGGUUGGGCUGUGGCCAGCAGAAAGGAUCUGAGAGAAACAUAUUUAGGUGCGGGGGGUGGGGGAGAGAUAAUUACUGCAAAUAUAGGUGAGAUACGAGCAAGUAAAAGGCAAUUCCAAGCAUGAAAGAGUGAGAAGGGCAGAGCUUGGAAAAGCUACACUUUGGACUACACCAAAUGGCAUAGCCAGUUGAAGUAAAAAAAAAGUCCCUUUUCAGAGAGUAGGAGUAGGGAAAAAUGCUGCAUGUCCCCUUGAAAAUCCAAAGAAGCAAGAGUGGGAGCAAUUCAGGAAUUAAAAGACGAAAGGGCAGUGAGGAAUGAGGCCGAGAAAGAAGGGACACUAUAGAUCAGGCUUGGGCAAACUUCAGCCCUCCAGGGGUUUUGGACUUCAACUUCCACAAUUCCUAACAGCCUGCCUGCUAUAGAUCUUUAGUCCAGAGGAAGAAGACUUACCAGGUCCUGGUAAAACAUGACUUGCUGCUGGCAUUGGGGCAAGGGAAAUAUCGUUGUAGGUGUAACUGACCGCAAGUGCCACAGAGUGAGCGCUGGCCCCCCACCACACACCUAUAGGAAGGAAAAUGGAGAUUGGGAACCAAAGGGAGCCUAAAAUCUUUUGAUGACACAUAUUGUCUCCUCAAUUCUUUUGCUUGUUCUACAGACAAUUCACAAUCCCCUGCUGCCCUCAUUUCUGAGUCUGUGUACUUCUCCAGCUCCUUGCCUUGAACAUCAAUUUCAGAAAAGCACAGGCAGAACAAGGUUCUCCAAAGGAGGAGGCAUGAAGGUUAGUGAUGCUGGCUGAGCCCACGAGGCUACUCAAGCCCAGUAACUGAGCAACCAGGAUGGGUGACCGCUAGCCCAGUGCACUGUGGGAUGUCUUGCAAUUCUCGCUCAUUGACAGAAAUCAGGCACACUUACCAUCCAGUCGGAGUCUGUUGCCAAGCAACGGAUCCACUUCCCAUUCUGCGGCCGGUUACAUUCCUAAGGGAGUUGAGAUGAGUGUUAAGGGAAAAUGCCCAGAGGAAAUUGGCUCCCUGAUUGGUUAUGCUAGGAUGUCAAGCCCAACGCAUGAAGACCCUGAUCAGAAAUGAGUAAUGCUCCAUUUCCCCUGAAGGCUUGUGUUGUUUCGGUAAAAUGUGAAGUUACAUAUGUGAAAUAAUUAAACUUUGGGUGAAUUGCA